CUCUAAGCCUAAUAAUACAUCUUUCGUGGCAGCAGCCUAUUUCGGCCUGGCAGUAGAGUGUUUGAGAGAGAGAGCGUGGGAGCACGUGCGCGUGGAAGCAAGUGAGGGAGAGAGGGGUUGGAGCGUAGUAAAAUACGGCGGGGAGUGGGAUUUGGAGACGCAGCCAAGAACCGGAAGCCCUCUCUGUCUCUCUCUCUCUCUCUGAACUGUGCUGACUCGACGCCGAGGUCUUGAAUUGAUGGCCGCCGAGCCAAGCUUCUUCUUAAGACUCUAUUAACGCCAGAUAGAGACAAACUCAGUUCACUAUCUCACCAGUCCAUCGUUAUCUCCACCACCAUCGCCACAUCUGAUCCAUUUUCUAUUUUCUCUACACCAAAUUCCAAAACUACACACUUUCUCUCUCUUCCCUCCCUCUGUUCCCAUGGCGAUCGCUGGAACUCCGUCCAUUUCUCUUGGAAUCUCCGAUUGUCAUAUCUGUCACACAGAAGGGUUUGGCUGCUCUAUAUCACAUGCAAUCACUAGCAGUUGGAUCAAAUCUCCUUUCGAGAGCCCAAGGUUUUCUGAUCAUUUUGGCUUAAGACACAGAAGUGCAUUUCUUGGAGCUACGAAAUUACAUUGGUUGCCUGCAGGGCAUGAAAUUUGCCCGUCAAAGAUUUUGGUUGCUGCAGAUUAUUCAGAUUCAGUUCCUGAUUCAUCUAAUUAUGUACGCAAUCAUGGAUACCAUCCUCUUGAAGAGCUCAAAGCUCAAAAAUUAGUCCGCGACACUAAGCUCACCCCUGCUGAAAUAGCAAGGACUACGGUAGAGGGUAAUAGCAGUGCCUUGUUGGUUUUCCCUUAUAUGGUACAUUGUGAACCACAUGAACACAUAUCGUGGGCUGAAUUCCAAUAUGUUAUUGAUGAGUAUGGAGAUAUAUUUUUUGAAAUUUUUGACAAUGAAAACAUCUUGCAAGAUCGUGGAGCAAAUAACCCUGUGAAUGUUUUGAUUGGAAUGGAUAUUACAACAUAUGAGAAUAGAAAGGUUGCUGCCACUGGGUAUAACGUAGCAGAAAUUGAUACUACUGAUGACAUACUUCUCAAUGAUGGCUAUUUUGAGGUUGAGGAUACUGAAAUGUCUGACAUCCCAGUCCAGUGGGGCAUGCCAACAGAUGCUGGCAAUGGGGUUCAUCCAAUAUACUUUGCCAAGUGCUUGACAAAGGCUGUUAAUAUGGAGCAUGCUGCAAAGAUGGACCACCCAUCCAAUGGGGUUUCAAUUGUGGGUUGCCUCAGGCCUGCCUUCAUGGAUGAAGAAUUAUAUUUACAGAGAAUUUUUAGUGGAGAAGAUAGUGAUGGCUACACCUCAGAGUGGAAAGAUGGUGAAGUUUGGGGCUUGAGAACUGAUGGUCAAGGAAAGCGCUCUGGCUCAACUCUCUAUAGGUUGGAGAUCAUGAGAAUAGAGCUGUUCUCGGUAUACGGUGUUCAGUCAGCAAUUGGUUUACAAGAUUUCCAGGAGGCCGAGCCUGAUGUCCUUGUACACUCUACCUCUGCAAUUGUAGAGCACUUCAGUGAGCAGGGAAUCAGAUGCAAUUUUGCUCUUAAAGCCCUCUGCAAAAAGAAAGGUCUCUGUGUUGAGGCAGCAAAUUUGAUUGGAGUUGAUAGUCUCGGAAUGGAUGUUCGGAUUUUAUCUGGAGUAGAAGUACAAACACAUCGUUUUCCCUUCAAAGUCCGGGCAACAUCUGAAGGCGCUGCUGUAAAACAGAUCCAUCAGCUCUUGUUUCCGCGUGCUCGCCGGAAAAGAUUCCGUGCUCCCGGCAAUGGACUUAGGGAUCUAGAUCCAUUUUGAAAGUUCUUUCUUUUCUUUUCUUUUAAAUUUUAUUUUGGGUAAAUUCUUAUGGGUUAUACCUAAAGAAUGUAUUAGGCGAGGGCAACCCUACAAAUUUUGAAGAGUUUGAAUCCUUUCCGCCACUAGAUAGAUAUCCUGUCUAAUCAUGUACAGAUGAUAAAAUAGAACGAAAAUAAAAUAAGAUAAUUUAGCCA